CGUCGUCGCGUCGAUGUCGUAGCGUCGAUCGUUCAAUUCGAUAGAGAGGUUGCUUCUAAUCUCAGCAGUCGAGGCAUCCUGCUGUUGACGGAUCGAUCAAUAUACGCAAGAACCCACUGAGCACGCCUUCCACGAACAGGCAGAAAAAGGCAACACGCGGCGGGGGCGUAAACGACAUGUCCUGGUCUGCUUUGCAUUCCGGACCGCAACAGCAGCAGCAGCAGCAGCAGCAGCAGCAGCAGCAGCAGCGGCACGUCCUCCGCACGAGCAGAAGAAGACUACUCAAGACCAGUUGCAGGCACCUUCUCUUGCUUGUCGGAGCGGCCCUGUUGCCCACAGUCAACUACGCCUUCGUACCACAAGCGUUGUUGCGUCACUUAGCAGGAGCAGGAGGGGGAUUGCGAUCGGGUGCCGAUAAGGCCUCCCACAGCAGCACAACCAGCAGCGUAUAUCGCCGUAACGAGCACCGAGCACCACCAGCAGCGAAGGCAGCUGCGGCGAGGGCAAACAGGAUGAUCCUAGGGGAAGCAUCUUCGGCGGAGUGCCGGCGAACCUUGCAGCGGGCGUGGCAGGCCUCGUCAUCGGAAGCGAGGACCCACGAACAGCUGGAGGAGCAGCAGCAGUGCCGGGUAACACCACCCUCAGAAGAAACCGCACGCUCAGCAGGGGAGUCGAAGGAUGCGGUGGCCCGGGGCAUGGAGUUCCGAUUGACCACGUUCAACCUACUCGCUCCGUGCUACAAGCGUAUGCACUCGGAGGUUUCAACGCCCGUCGGCGGAGUCGGCACCGGGCUGCUGGCGAACCGUGCGAAGGGGCAACGCACCGCGCGCGAGAGCGAGUUCGAUGGUGUCUGGCGGGAGCGUGCGCUCGAGACGGUGGACUUCAUCUGUCGACACAUGUCUUCGUCCGACAUCAUUUGCCUGCAAGAGUUCUGGCUGGACCCCGCCUAUCACGCCAUCUUCCAGUCGGCGCUCGAGGAGGACUACGAGUUCUACACCGUCAAGCGCACGGGCCUCAAGUCCGAUGGGGUGGCGGUGCUACUGAGGCGAGGCAAGUUCGACGUCCUCUCCCAGCUAGGCCUGUCGCUGUCUUGCAUCGGCGACAGGGUGGCCCUGAUAAUGCACCUCCGGGAGUCGGGCGCGGGGGGCGGCGAGGUCGGAGAGGACAUGAUCCUGGUCAACACACACCUGGCGUUCCCCCACAACGCGCUCGAUCGCGUCAACCAGAUGUCUCAGAUCCGAGCGGUCACGGACACGGUCGAGGGAAUGAUGGUGGAGGCCGGGCUGCCGACCAUGACCCCUCGGGUGGUUGUCGGGGACCUUAACGUGGAGGAGACGGACCCGGUCUGUGGGCACCUUGGCCGGAACGGCUUCAGGAGCGCGUUUACGUCGUUGCAUCGGGAGCGGCGGGUCAUCACGCACCGCAACCACCGAGGGGAAGACGUUAUGUGCGACCACGUGUUUGUCAAGGCGCCGGGCUUUGCCGGGAGGCGAAGAGGAGACUCCGUCGCACCGGCGACGGCACCUGAGAUUCCUGGUCUCGUCCCCAGGCUUUGCGAAAACGUGUCUGUCGAGGAGGCGUUGGUCUUGCCGGGGGAGGUAGACGCGGCGGAAUGGUGCCCAAAUUUCUCGUUGUCAGACCACAGGCCACUGACGGUGCGCCUCAAGUUUCCCCCGCAAUGAGACAUCCAGAAGGCUUUGCGGCGUCUAGGGGUGUAGUGUAGUUUGGGACAUCGACGAGUACUGUUUUCGUUUUGCUCUUUUUCCGUGGUUGAGUGUGGUCUUAGCUCGCGUGACCUUUUCUUAUUGCUUUGUGGUGUGUGGCAUGAUUGUGUGCAGUGGUUGUUGGUCAGGACAUGUCCGUUCUCGUGUAUGUGAAUUGAACCGAGUGUGUGCUUUACGUUGCCGCUCCAAAGGUGGGGUACCUUUGGUUUGCGGUCAAGUGUACAGACUGAGUGGAAGACAGACCACGUAGUGUAUCGUAUGUAGUUCGAGGGUUGGGUACGAUAAGUGGGUGGGCGUGGUGCGUGCGUGGCUCUUUGCUGGAGCAUUCGGUCGGGUUACGACAGCGCUCGAUUUAUCGUCCUUUUUCCCGUAUUAUUGAAAUUGCGACGUUUGUGGUUUAGUGCCUAACGCAAAAUGCGCUGAUAACUUCUUUUCUUCCGACGUUCCCAUGUUGAUUGGCGAGGCGUAGACUCUAGUGUAACUCCAUCGCGUGCGUAGUGUGUGAGGAUGUUGACUUCAUUCGGUGCUUGGGGUUUUGUGUAUGGCGGACACGUUCGCAUGUGUUGGACAAUGGAGCUUGGGGGGUGUUGGUUGAGGCAUUGUCAAACGUGCAAGCACCCCCAUCACAGAAAAGCGAUGUUAUUGGAUGAAAGAAAAGCAGUACCUCUGGUGGACCGCUUUAUCACAUUCACGUUAUGCAUCCAUGCAUGCGCUCUUGUUGUCCAUUCUAUUGGUGAGUUGUCUGGGUUGAUAGGGUUGUGAGGUAUCCAGGUGAAGCAGUUGCAAACUCCCGCUUGGAGCGGCCAAUAAUUCUGUGAUCUAGAAGUGGCUUUGAGUUUCCCGGCAGGAAUUCUUGACGCUUUCAUUGUAGCGUUGCCCAGGUGGUUUUGUUGGUUACGGAGUCUGUGGCUUUGGACGAUCCGUGGCACUAAGGCUGUACGGGGUAAUGAGUCCCCCCCUUGAGACGACGUUUUCUCGAUCGAAGAAUGCAAGUACAUGCUUCUUUUGGCGAACAAUUAUUUCUUCAUGUAAUUCCUUCUUCAAGCGGUUCAUUUUUUUUUCUUUUUUUGUGUAUUUUUCGUGUUUCGUAGAAUUUCUUAACAAAAACAACGCAUUAAUUAAUGUAUUUCUCCCCCACAGAUACCCUAACCAAGCUUUUGUUUCCUUUCUCCAUCCCAUU